AGGACCUCGAGUUGCUGCGGGACGAGCAAGUGUGUCAGUUGUACGAAUUGAUGAUCGCGGCCACAGGGAAAACGGGGGGCAAGUCGAAAGAUGAAACAUAAUUAAUGUGUACCUAGAUCUUGAACGGAAGUUGAGCGGUACUUGAACUCUUAGAAUUGUAUCGUCGCAUUUUUUGUAAAAUUAGGUAAUCUAAUGUCCCAAGUAGUAGUGUUGAUUAGUGUGUACUUCCACCACGCGUGGAAAGAGCCUGAAGAUGAAAUUCUGGCAUGAAUCGGCAAGUUUGAUAUUAGCAGCGCAAAAAUGCAAUCCCGCGGCAUCGUCUACAGUUAGCAAUUAUAAACUGCUAUGGUUGAAACGUCAUCAAAAAUCAAGUUUCAUGCCAGGGAUGUACGUCUUCCCGGGUGGCGCCAUAGAUUCAGUUGAUUCUACUCCGAAAUGGCGCGAAAUCUUCGCCGCCUUCGGUGUCAACAACGACAGAUUCGCGUCUCUAGAGCCAAAGAUUGCGACGCGACCAGAGAUCUAUCGAUCGAUACAGAACGAACUGCCAAGAGAGAUCUCGUUACGCAUCACGGCCAUUCGCGAGACCUUCGAGGAGUCUGGAAUACUGAUAUGCAGACAUAAAAAUGACAGAACAGUUACUAAUUGGGCCAAAUUCGUGUCGCUCCCGAAAGAUGAAUUGCAAAUGUGGCAAACCAAGGUGCAUAACAAUGCCACAGAUUUCCUUGCUCUUUGCGAGAAGUUGGAGUGCUAUCCAGAUUUGUGGGCAUUGCGCGAAUGGAGAAAUUGGUUGACACCUACAGAUAUGCCUAAACGCUUCAAUAAUAUGCUUUAUUUAGCCUGCCUGCCAUCGAUACCUUAUGCUGAAUAUGAAGCCCUUGAAAUGGAAGAUCUGAAAUGGGAAAGGCCAGAGGAUUUGUUGUCAGUGGAUGGUAUCUUUCCACUGCCACAACAAUGUGAAAUUGCAAGGUUCAUUAAAAUUAAAAGUAUAGAUGAGCUGAUAGAUCUUACGAUGGAACAACGCAAUAUUAGAGAGGCAUUGCAGUUAUAUUUUCCGGUACGUAUACAGUUAAAAGAUGGUGAGGUGUGUCUCUUGCCUGAAGACACGAUGUAUCCAAAAGAAGUUAAUUUAUUACACAAACAAAAAAUUGAUAAGUCAGAUAUCACCAUACACAAAUAUCGCGAGAUGACACGAAUAAAAAAUAGAAUAGAAUAUAGGGAUACACAAAUAAAAAUAAUCUUUACUGAUUCACAUGGUAAAGAUAAUUGUGUGGAAUUUUCAAGCCUUAGUUACUCAAAAGCUGGAAUUAAAAAUAUUUCCCAAUUAAAGACUACCAAAAAUAAGCUCUAAAAUAAAGUAUAAGACAUU